CAGCGGUACCCACACGUCCACCCAGAACGAAGCGAACCUCAACCGCCGCGACUCCACCAUUUUCGAGCUGCCCGCGUUUCUGAAAGAACGACGCGCAUAGCGGGCGGGCAUCAUCACUACAACCACCUCAUAUUUUCAUCCCGACCUCCCUCUACCGCGACGGCUGUCCGACUGCUGCGCCUCUUGUCGCCGAUGAUUACAGAAACUACUUAGCGACUUUUGGCUUCCUUUCGACCUGGUCUGGCUCAACCGUCCAAACAAAGAAAAAACAAGAUCUCACCACCGUGAUUGAGAAUCAAGCACGAUGGAGGCGUUGCUAGGCGCUUCCAACUCCAACCCUUCGUGCGGCUCCAUCCUCGAGCUUAGGGAGCAACUGCGCAGCGUCUUCAGUACCAAGGUCACGGAAAAGAGAGCCGAACACGUCUCAGUCACAUUGGAGCUGCGCUCGACCAGCGUGUUCCAUAUUCCAGUCACCGAGCCUGAGAACGAGCAACUUGAGCAGGCCGCCUCGAUCGAUCCGUCGCUGGGGGGCGCCCAAUCCAGCGUAGCGCCUGCAUCAGGAGAAGGAGGUGCCAACGGCAAUGUCAACGGAAACCAACCAACGCGCCAGAUCAACGCGAUUGAUGCGCUGAUCAACCAGCCCUCCGACGACCACGUCUUGCAGAAAUCGGUUGCGAAGCAUAUCAUCACGACGCUGGGUGAAAUCGAUGGCAGUAGCUGGGCGGUGCGCCAGGUCUCACGCGGCGAACAGGGCUGGACAUUUGGAUACAUCUGCAAGGAUUCAUGGCAAGCUUGGAGUCGCCAGAAUGCUAAGAAUCCUGGCCGAGCCGUCAUUGGUGAAUGGAGCCAGAAGCCGGAUAGUAUGGAUGCUGUUAAUUUGAGCCGCCCUGCGUUUGACUGCAGAGGAUCAGUAACGGUUGCGUUUGUGAAGGGCAGAAAAGUCAUCGAAGUCAAAUACGAUCACACGCCUCUUCACAAAACAGUAGGACAGCUUAUCGAACUUCUAGUGCCUCCGCCGGCUCCUCGUGAACCCAAGCAUGCGUUGCAACGAAGGGAACCAAAGAAGCCAAAGGAACCAAAGCCCCCAAAGCCCCCAAAGCCCCCCAAACAGCCAAAGCCACCCAAGGAUCCCAAUGCGCCAAAACCACCUCGGAAGAAACGGCCCGCAGGCGAAGGUGGCGCAGGAGACGGUACUCAACCCAAGAAGCGCCGCAAGAAGAAGGACGCGGCUGCUGUUGGUCCAGACGGGAGUAUUCUUCCGCCGGAGAUGCCAGGCGGCGAUACCCAAAACGGCUACAGCACUUAUCCAGAAGGACUCGUCGGUCAAGCUCCAGCUGCAGCCGAUGAGGGCGUUCAUGUUCAUUCCAUUCUCAACAUUCCUCCUGCCGAGGCAGCUAGGCGUCGCACGGUGGCCAUUGACCUACUCGAAUCAGGCGGCAUUGACCCCAAGACUCUCUCCCCCGAACAGUUCAACAUCUUUGCCAACCAAGCCCCUGAACUUCAACAGGAGUCGUUGGAUAUGCUCAAGAGGUACGGUGCCGAGCGACUUCGCAUCGUACACCCCGAUAAGGAACAGGGAGAUGGUGCACAAGCUGCUCCUGCUACGCAGGCGGCCACAGCACCAUCAACAGCGCCGAUCAAUCCCUUAAAAAAGAAGUCUAAGAAGAAGAAGUCCGGAGUAGUGGACAGUGAGGAGGGCGUUGCCGCGUCGGGUGGUAAGAAGAAGAAAAAGAAGAACAAGGAGAAAUUGACAAGAGGCAAAUGCGAUCCUUGUCGCGAUCGUAAAAUACCGUGCACAAAGGAGAAACCAUCUUGCUCGCAAUGCACGACAUCGGGGUUGCAAUGCCAUUAUGCUCUCGAAAGGAAAGUGAAAGACAUUUCUCCAGAGUCAGAGGCAGAACCAGAGGCCCAGUCCGAGCCUGUAGUUGUCGAAGCCGACGAAGAGCCGGAAGGCUUAGGGUCGCCGGGUUUUCAUAAUGAGCCGGCUCACCAUGAACCUGCUAGCCAUGAACCCUUUAACCAAGAACAAGACAGUCAUGAUUCAAUCGAUAAUAAUAUGCCACAUGGACUACCAACGUCUGGGUUGGUCUCACCUCAACCGGAAUCAGCAACAACAUAUCAUCAGCCUUCCGACCUCUACCAGCAGUUCAACUCGUCGGUGGACGCUUCGGCUACUCCUGAAGUGGCCCAUACCGGCGUCACACCUGCAGCAAUGGACUAUAUGCAUUCCUCGGUUACUGACAACUCUUUACACAACUUCUCAUACACCCAACCUCAGUCUGAGCCCGAGCCGGCGUCGGCACCGGUACCCGAGCCAGAACCCAUACCUGAGCCUGUACCUGUUGUUGAGCAACCUCCCCCUGUUCAGCACACAUCUAACUACGCUCAGCAGUCCAGCUCAACACAGGCGGGCGGUAGGACAAGACGGAGUCUGCCUUCAGGGCCAUCGGUGCAAAGCGGUGCCAUGAACGGUCACACCACCCAUGCUCCAACGGAAAGCUGGACUCCUGUGCCGGUACCUACGAUCCCGGCCGCCUACCAGAACAAGCCCUCUCCCAGGGCUUCAAGAGCAAGGAAGCCAGCACCAGCCGCGCCUCAGACGUCGAUGCAAAAUAUGACGCAGCACAGAACCCAGAAUACUGUGCAACAACCGGCGUCACAAGCGUUUGAUGACCUGCGGCAAGCCUCAAGCUGGUCAUCGGUUCCUCAACCUACUAUUCCUGCCCAAAAGACAAGUCAACAACAGGCGCGCACCUCGCCCUAUCAAGCAGCAGCUCAGGCCGUCCGUGCUUCGUCUCGGCAGGGCAACCGAAGCCAGAACCAUACACCGGUACAGCAGCAAACCAGUGCGCCAGGACGGCAUAGCCAGCUGCAAGCUUCCCAAUCCCAUACGGACAACUCUAAUUACCAGUCCAAUACAGGCGUAGCAGCCUCCACUUCGGUUGGUAAUUACGAUAGCUAUUCGCAGUAUCCUACGUCCAGUAGCAGGACAGAAGCCACGAAUACUCGUAUGAACUAUGAACCCUAUACUAAUCCGUCAUCUACUACGUCCAAUUCCUAUUCGUCCUACGACACUUAUAACACGCGGUCAAGUACCAAAACGCCAGUAGCAAGUUUAUCAGCAGCGCAGCCCACGGCUUCCUCAUACAACACCAACACAGCUACGGCGACACCAAGCACGUCACAAUGGGGGUCGAGUACAUCUGUCCCUCAGACGCGAAGCAGUGCUCGCUCGACUUAUGAUACAAAUCCAACCACGUCGGCCUCCAACCAAUAUAACAUGACCCCUUCGAAUCCCCCACAAUCCAGCUCCCUUCAGGGCUUCAACGUCAGGCCGCAGUCCAUGGCCCAGACCAGGUCCUCUACAGCCGCCUAUGCCCAGCAGCAACAGCAACAUCACCAGCAACAAUCACAGGCACAGCAGCAGCAGCGACAGCAGGUCCAACAGCAGCCAAGCUACAACAGCUACACAAGCCAGUCACACACCACGAACACACAGCAACAGCAGCAUCAACAGCAGCAGCAGACGCAAAACUGGGGUUACGGCAGUUUCGGAUCGACCACUAAUGCCUCGUCGACCGGUUACGGCUCCACCGGAGCCAGCAGCAGCGCGAACAACAGCUACUCGACGGGGACCUCGGCAAGUUCGCACGCCCAUAAUGCGGCGCCGGCUGCGACCAAUGCUGCGGCGUACAGCCACCAGCAGCCUCAUCAUAGGUCGAUGAACCUGUCAAGUAAUACGUACAGCAGCCACAUUGGGAACGAGGAUCAGGUGCUUUAUGAUUUGCUUAGACACCCUGGUGCUUAGUUGGAUGACCCAGGAGAGAGAGCGAACAUGUAGCAAGGUCGAUUGAAGGGUUGAAGUGGAGUUGAAGUGGACGAAAUGGUUGGAAUUUAGAGGCGCAUGGGCAGUCGAUUGCCUUGCCAUGCGUUGAGAUCGUUGCGUGUACGUAAUGAGCCACGUCUGCGAUACCAAGGCAGGAUAGGGGAAGACAUCAGGGGCGAGGCUAUUAACGAGCUAUAGUCGUCCCUUUUUUUUCGCUUUCGGAAGUUGAGAAUUAGCUGAUACAAUUGUGCACGAAACGAAGUCACGCAUUGGGGCUGAUAUAUGUUCGGUAGGGUAGCUGGGACGAACGAAAAGUAUGUCUUUUCUGACCAUAUUUUGAUUGUCUGCUGAUCGGCCGGUCACCGUUUUUCUUUCUCGGCGAUAGAUAUAUGGAGCUUUUCUCAUAGGGAUAGGAUAGGGAGGAUGAGUAUGUAAAGAGCAGCCUGUAGGCAGCGCUUUUCUUGUUGUUUUCACUCUGGGGGUUUAUGGCUUGCUUGGAUCAUCGUGAGAACUGGAAGGGGAGAAUGGAUGCCCUCCUCCAUCUUCGGGAUCUUGUUGACGUUCGAUGUAACCAAAUCCCUUCCUUUCCAUGGGCAGUCAUGAACACAUGCAUGUCUGUUCUCGUCUCAUCCGCCUGAAUUCUGACUAUGUGUCAAUCUGUCCUUACUGCUUACUGAAUGUGAAGACAGAUAAAAACAGACACCUUUGCACUCAC